AUGGAGAAGGCGGCGGAGAACGUUGACGCUGGCGCGGCGGCGCAGCUGCAGCUGAAGCUGUUCGGGUCGUGGGCGAGCUCGUACACGCACCGCGUGCAGCUGGCCAUGCGGCUCAAGGGGCUCGCCUUCGAGUACGCGGAGGAGGACCUCGGCAACAAGAGCGACGCGCUGCUGCGCCUCAACCCCGUCUACAAGAAGGUCCCCGUGCUCGUCCACGACGGCCGCUCCCUCGCCGAGUCCGUCAUCAUCCUCCAGUACCUCGACGACGCCUUCCCGGCCUCCCGCCAGCUCCUCCCCGCCGACGCCUUCGACCGCGCCGUCGCUCGCUUCUGGUGCCACUUCGGCGACGACAAGCUUGGGCCGGCGGUGGGGGCGGUGUUCGCGUCCACGGGGGAGGAGCAGGAGGCGGCGGUGCGGCAGGUGCACGAGAACCUGGCGCUGAUCGAGGCGGAGCUGCGGGAGGGGGCGUUCAAGGGCCGGCGCUUCUUCGGCGGCGACGAGGUCGGCUUCCUGGACGUCGUCCUGGGCUGCGGCUCCUACUGGCUGGCCGUCUUCGAGGAGGUCACCGGCGUGCAGCUGGUGGACGCCGAGGCGUUCCCGCUCUUCCACGCCUGGCUGCGCGACUUCGAGGCGCAGGACGAGGUGAGGGAGACCAUCCCCUCCAUCGACCGCCUGCUCGAGUACGCGCGCGGCCUCCGCCAGAUGCUGGUCGCCAUGGCCGCCGGCCCCGGCGCUGGCGCAGCCUCGGCCGACGCCCCCACCGCCGCUCCGCCCGCCGCGGCACCCCCGGCCGCCACCACGGCUGACAUCGCCGUGGACAUAUGA